AUGGCUUUUGCUACUAGACAGGACGACAAGAAGACUAUUUACUUUUUACGUCAUGGACUUGUGGACCACAAGACCGAUGAGGAGGGUGUACAUCGAGAUCACGAUCCCAUGUUGAAUAAGGAAGGUAUUAAGCAAGCUGAACAGGCUCGAGUUCAGCUUCGAGAUGCAAAACUUCCUAUAGAAAUUAUAUUCUGCUCUCCUUUACGCCGGGCUCUUGAAACAAUGACAAUUGCUUUCCAAGAUUACAUAUUUGAAGAUCAUCUUCCCGUAAAAAUCCUUCCCACUUUGCAGGAUUGCGGAGAUUGGGAAUGUAACGUUGGAACACCUGUUGCGGAAUUGGAACAGCAAUUUCCUAGAUACGACUUUUCAGCCUGCUAUGAAGACAAGCUGUACCCCAAAAAGGAAGGAAUCCACAAAGCUGACUUUGAGACCAGUGUGAAAAAGACAGAGCAGUUGGCUGAAUAUUUUGCAAAGGUGCCUCAAAAAUCAUUUGCAGUCGUAACCCAUGGUGUCUGUAUCCGUCUCUUCUGCGGUUUCCAAAAGCCCGGAGAAACUUUGAAUGCUACACCUAAGGACAAGAAUUCGUUUAGUGCUUGCCAGCAUGGGGGCUACACUUUUCAUUACUACAGCGACAAGACUUGGAGAUUUACUCCACUUGAAGAGAAGUAG